AGGUGCAUCUUUCGGUUCUCAGAUGGGAACGGAUGGGAAUCGAAAAAACGAACUACUACGAUGCGACGUGCAGCUAGCUAGCUCCAAACGUAUAGCGGGUUCGAGAGAGCUAAUGCGAGCAGCGCAUAUUCACUGGCAAUUUUUGGCAAUUUUUUUUUGCUUUGACUUGUAUGUUGGACUCUUGAAUAAGCUCGGAAACACAGACUUAUUGAACAGAUUUUGAAUUAUGGAGAUUAUUGACACCCGGGUUGGAGAUCAGGAAAACGAUCCGCCAAGAAGAAAGGGUUGUGAUCCAUUGAAUCAGACUAUGAGAAGCAAGAUGCAGAAUAGACGACAAAGAUUGAACCAACAGAUCAAUAAAGAGAUGAGGAUGAGAGUCGGAGCAGAAAAUUUAUUCAAAGCUGCAACCAAUCGUAAACUGAAGGAGCAAGUAGCCCUGGAACUCAGCUUUGUGAAUUCCAAUCUUCAGCUCCUAAAAGAGGAACUAGCAGAGAUAAACAGUGAUGUAGAAGCGUACCAGAAUGAUAGCUACAUGAGAAGCGUUCCUCUCAUCCCACUUGGACUCAAAGAAACCAAGAAAUUAGAUGUCAGAGUUCCCUUUACAGAUUAUAUUCUUGAACACUACAGUGCAGAUGGAGAUAAAUAUGAGAAUGAAAUAAAAGAAUUUGCAGAACUCAGACAGUCGAUACGAACUCCAAAGAGAAAUGAGGAAGGAAUUGAGCUGUUACUUGAAUACUACAAUCAGUUAUAUUUCAUUGAGAAUCGAUUCUUCCCUCCGGAUAGAAACCUAGGUGUUUACUUCCAUUGGUGAGUCUUUAUAUAAAGUCAAGCCUUGAAAUAAACGCAUGAUUUGAUAAUGCCCAUUGCUGUCUACUCUAUUUCUUGCUAUUACGUUCUCUCCCUUCCCUCCCUCCCUCUCUAUUCUUUCACUCUCUCUCUCCAUAGUCCACAUCUCUCCUUUAUUCUCUAUUUGUUUAUUUCUCUCUAUAUUUUGCUCUCUUUGUGAGUUCACAUAUUAUUUAUUCUUCUUAAACAUAUAUUAUUCCCCCACACCUUGUUUUCUUUCUUUCUUUUGCAAACAAUUCUCAUUUG